AUGUGGGGAGACAGUCAACGGUGUGCCUUUGAAACAAUCAAAGAAGAUCUGUCUCAACCACCAGUUUUAGCUUUAUAUUCUCCAACCAGACCAACAGCUGUGUCAGCAGAUGCGUCAACAUAUGGUUUAGGAGCAGUUAUUCGACAGAAGCAAGACAAUGGAGAAUGGAAACCUAUUGCAUACGCAUCAAGGUCACUUACCAGUGCAGAAGCUAGAUAUGCGCAGAUAGAGGAGGCACUUUCUAUCACAUGGGCAUGUGAUCGAUUCCGUGACUACUUACUGGGAAUGGCAUUUCACGUGGAAACGGAUCAUAAGCCUUUAGUGUCUUUGCUGAGUCGUAACCUUGAUACUCCGGAUACCUUAUCGAGGAGUCCACUCCAGGAAAAUAGAGCCAGUUCAAAAAGCCAAGAAGUAGCAAUCGCAUCUGACGAGUAUGUUGAUCACAUACUCGAUUCUCUACCGGUGCAAACAGAAACUUUGGCCAAAAUAAGAGAGCAACAAUAUGCAGAUGAAACAAGCUACCAGCUGAAGCAAUUCUGCAGGAAAGGAUGGCCGCCCAAACAUAAGCUCAAAGGAGACAUCAAGAAAUUCUGGGCAGUUUCAUCGGAAUUGUCUGUGGAAGAAGGACUAUUACUACGUGGUAGCCGACUGGUUAUCCCUACCUCAAUGCAAGCUGAGAUUCUGCGUAAGUUACAUUUGGGACACCUUGGCAUUAUCAAAGGUAGGGAGAGAGCACGUUCAGCAGUGUGGUGGCAAGGAAUUACAUCACAAUUACAAGAUAAGAUUGAACAUUGUUCAAUAUUUAGCAAACAACGGCCAAUACCAGUCGAACCCUUAUUCCCAACGGUUUUCCCUAGUCGACCGUGGCAAACAUUGGGCACUGAUUUGUUUGAAUGUGGAGGGAGGUCCUUUCUGCUAGGCGUGGAUUAUUAUUCGAGAUAUCCUGAAGUCGUUUCCCUGACAAACACAUCUUCCAAAAAACUAAUAUACAAGAUGAAAGCCAUAUUUGCUCGACACGGCAUACCAGAUGAGGUCAGAUCGGAUAAUGGUCCUCAAUACGCCUCCGAGAUAGUCGCAAAGUUUGCAAAAGAGUACGACUUUGUGCACCAACGAGUAGUCCGAGAUAUCCCCAAUCGAAUGGAGAAGCCGAGCGAAUGGUACAGACUAUGA